CCUGGCAUCCAGCCCAGCGGAGCCCUGGGUGCCUGGCCAGGAUUGUUUUUAUUGUCGUUGGCCGUGGUGACCUCAGUUCCUGGUCCUGGGCGUCCUGGGACUCCUGCUUGCGUGCUGGGGAGAGGAGGAAAGUGAGCCCUGGGGUGUGGGAGGGCAGAGGUGAGGCCAAAGUUCCCUCCCGCCCCCACCCACCUGCCCGGGAGCCACUGUCAGCGCAGUUCUGGGGAGUUGCCACAGAGCGGGAGGGACAGAGGGCAGCUGGAGGGCUGCAGUGACCAGCUGUCUGUGGAAGGAGCCAAGGAGACGGAGGGCCUGGCACCCUGGAGCCAGGGCCGGGGACCCAUGGGGCCUGCUGACUCCCGGAGCCACCCGUGGACGGGAAUCCUGCUCUCAGCCUCACUUCUGACAGCGUGGAGUCCUCCCGUGGCGGCAGCCCAGCUCACCCCCAGUGACAUCCUGCCUGACACCACCUCAAAAUCCCUGGACAAGCCCACCCUCUCAGUCAGUCGGAGCACAGUCACAGAGUACCAGGACAGGGUGACUUUCUACUGUGACACCACGGAACUCCACGUCACCAUCCGCUGGGUCUUCCAGAAUCAGUCCCUGGUGCUGAACGAGCGCAUGCAGCUGUCCGCGGAUGGCAAGACGAUCACCAUCCUCACGGUCCAGCGGGAAGACUCUGGGACGUACCAGUGUGAAGCCUGGGAUGCCCUUGAGUUCCGGAGCAGCGAUGCCAUCCUCCUGGAGGUCAACUAUGGUCCCGACCUUAUCGAAAUCAAGUUGGAUUCCGGUGUUCCCAGCGGGGAGGCGGUCGAGGUUCUAGAAGGCUCCACCGUGAACUUCCAGGCGGAAGCGCAGUCCCACCCAGACCCUACCUAUUCCUGGAUUUUCCCCAACAAUUCCAUCCUGCCUUCCACCUCGGGGACACUGACCAUCGACGCCGUGUCCAGGGAGGACGAGGGCAUGUUCCGGUGCUUGGUGUACAACAGCGCCACCCUCCUGACCCGCCUGGGAGCUCUUCGAGUCCACGUCCUCGAAAACCUGACCAAGCCUCAGGUGGAGGCCUCCAGCCUGGACCUCGUGGAGACCGUCGGCCCCGUGAACCUGACCUGCCAGACGGCCCAUCAGAGGGUGGCCGUCCAGUGGUUCGUGAGUGACCAGCCCCUCCUGCCCAGCGAGCACCUGGCCCUGUCAGACGACAACAUGACCCUGGUCAUCCACAGCCCCCGGCGGGAGGACACGGGGCCCUACGCGUGUGAGAUCUGGCACUGGGGCAGCCGGGCUCGCAGUGACCCCCUCACGCUGACCAUCAACUAUGGCCCUGACCGAGUGGAAAUCACCAGCGGGUCUCCGCCUGCUGUGGUGGCCACCGUCCAGGGGAAGCUCAACUCCAGCCUGACCCUGCAGUGCCGGGCCGCGUCCCAGCCAGAGGCGGAAUACCGCUGGGUCCUGGAACACCACUCGGGGGUGUACACGGGGGAGCAGCUGGUCAUCAGGGCUCUGACCCGGGAGCACGAGGGCAUCUGCAGCUGCACAGCCUCCAACUCUCUGACCGGCCUGGCCCGCUCUGCCUCUGUGCUGAUCCAAGUAGAUCCCGAGUCCUCCCUGUCCGCAGGGGCCAUCGCUGGCAUUGUUCUUGGGACCCUGGUUGCCAUUGCUCUGGUCAUAGGCCUGGGCUAUUUCUUCUACAGCAGAAAAGCCAGAUGGCCCUCAAAGGGAUCAGCGGAUGGCCCCAGCCCCGAGGCCACACCGCCCACCUCCGUGCGGGAGCAGGUGACACGGCCCAGUUUCGACAGACCAAGGCCUGUGUAUGACAACAUACCCGAGCCCCGGGGACCUAUGGGAGCCAAAAAGAAGGUGCCACCAGGUCUCCCAGAGCAGUUCUAUGAGGUAUGUGGGCCCAGGAAGGACAGCUGAGAAUUCUCUGUGGUUCAGGCCUGAGAAGCCAUCUUCUCUAAACCACGCGUGGUCCACUGCAGGGUCAUGCAUCGAUGGGGAGAAAGAGGCCCUGGUC